AUGGGCGAUGGUCAAUCCGCUUUUUUAUGGUUUGAUAAGUGGAGCAUAGAGUGUCCGCUUGCUAAUAUGGUAACGCCGCGUCAAAUGGCUCGAUUUGGUUUUAGCGUAAAGUCUAAAGUAGCGGAGGCUAUUCAGAAUGGUGUAUGGGUGUGGCCGGACGAGUGGAGGACUAGGUAUCCUGUUUUGUUUCAACUUCUUCCUCUUACUUUGUCUAAUGAGCAGGAUAGAGUAACGUGGAGGAACUCGGAAGGAAAAUUGGUUCCGUUUGCAUCGAAGGAGGUCUGGGAGUCUAUUCGUAUUCGGAAGGAUCCUGUUGCUUGGUCGAGGAUUGUUUGGUCCUCUUUCAAUAUUCCUAAACAUGUGUUCAUGUGUUGGCUCAUAUUCAAGAGGAAGCUUUGGACGCAGGACCGUAUUUUGAAAUGGAACCACAUGGUUACGAGCUCUAUGAACCAAAUGUGCUGCUUGUUGUGUUAUGUAGGUCUAGAGACGCAUGACCAUCUGUUUUUUCAGUGUUCGUACUCAAGAUCCGUGUGGUGGAAUGUUCGGCUUAAAGUGGGUAUGGAUUCGGUUCAAGAGACAUGGGAGGAUAUUUCUAGUUGGCUGGUCCCGAGAGCAAAAUCAAGGGAUAUAUAUUCGGUUGCUGGUAAACUGGUAGUGGCGGCUGCGUCGUAUGCAAUUUGGUGUGAAAGGAAUACUCGUUUUUUUAGUAAUUGUAAAACCCGUGAGGAUCUCUCAAUGAUAUCAAUCUUAACUUGUGAAAGCGCGGAAAUCAAACACAAGUUGAUUCAAGAAUAG